AAAAGGGGACUUGAACAGAAUUCCUCGCAUCACAUCUUCUUGGACUCCGGCAGCGCCAGAGAGCAAUGGAAGGGGGCAGCCUCUGGCACGAGUACGAGACGGACCUCCCGGCCGCCGACGUGUGGGAGGUCUAUGGCAGCCUCGCUCUCGGGCAACUAGUCCCCCAGCUGCUCCCGCACGUCCUCUCAAAGGUGGAGCUUGUGGAGGGAGACGGCGGCGUCGGCACAGUCCUGCUCGUCACUUUCCCUCCUGCAGGAGCUUCCGAACCAAGAAGCUACAAGGAGAAGUUCAAGGUAGUGGACCAUGAGAAGUACAUCAAGGAGGCAGAAACGGUGGAGGGAGGCUUUCUGGAUCUCGGCUUCCGGAGGUAUUUGGUGCGAUUCGAGGUCGUAGGGAAGGAAGAUGGCACGUCAGUUAUAAGAUCGACCGUCGAGUAUGAAGUUGACGCCGAGCAUGCCAAGAAUGUCUCCCUUGUCAGUACAGAAGCAUUGGCUUCUGUUGCUGAGGCCAUCACCAAGUACAUCAAGGAGCAGAAGAAGAGCCACGAGCAAGCCAACGAGUAAAAUUCGGAAGAACAUGUGCAUGUAGCUGCAUAAGAGUCUGAAAGACCAAGUGUCCAACUGAAGUGACUGUGGCAGCCAAGUUGGAGCAAAUUUUCCCCUGUACCAUUUUGUUCUCUAUGUAUAUGCAGCGCUCAUGCCUUCGGAAUUAAUGUUUGUAUGUUUUAGAUUGUAGUUUCUACCUGUCAACAUGACAAUAUCUGCACGAUCGAAUAUUGUAGUGACACAUGUGCAGAGGUCAGCCAUUGACCAUGAAUGUUAGAAGUGUGAAAAAUUCCCUCUAAUGAACCCUGUUACAUGCCACUA